CUCAGAUCCUGUGCUGAGGAAAUCGGAAGUUGGCUCACGUGCUGUGGCGUGGGGUUUGGGAUCUGCUGGGUCUAGAGCGCCCCGCAGCCGCCACACAUAGAUUGAGGGGCUUCUGUACCCAGGCGGGAGGAGUGGCCGGCCAUGACUGCAGUGACCUAUGAUGAUGUGCAUAUUGACUUCACUUGGGAGGAGUGGACUUUGCUGGAUCCUUCCCAGAAGAAUCUCUACAAAGAUGUUAUGCAAGAGACAUACAGGAACCUCACUGCUAUAGGCUACAGUUGGGAAGACCAUAAUAUUGAAGAACAUUGUCAAAGUUCUGGCAGACAUGCAAGGUACAAAAAAUGUCAUAGAGGAGAGAAACCCUCUAAAUAUACUUAUUGUGCAAAAUUAUCCUCAUAUCACAGUCAUCUUGAGAAGCAAGAAAGUAUUCGUAAUGGAGAGAAACCCAAUAUUUUUAUUCAAUAUGGUGAAGGCUUUGUACACAACAGUAGUCUCAGAAUACAUAAAGGAAAACGUAUUGGAAAGAAAAUCAGUGAGAGUAAUCAGUGCAGUAAUGCUUUCACCACUCAUAGUCAUCUUCGAAUACAUCAAAGAGCACAUACUGGAGAGAAACCAUAUAAAUGUAAUCAAUGUGGUGAAGUAUGUACAUGUGUCAGUAGUCUUCAAAGACAUAAAGCAACACAUUAUGGAGAGAAACCCUAUGAAUGUAAUGGAUGUGGUAAAGACUUUGAAUAUGCCAGCAAUCUACAAGUACAAGAGAGGACACAAAGCAGAAAGAAACCGCAUAAGUGUGAUCAAUGUGAUAAAGAUUUUUCAAGACAGAGUACACUUCAAAUACAUAAAAGAAUACAUGCUGGGGAGAAACCCUACAAAUGUAAUCAAUGUGGUAAAGUCUUUUCACAAAACUUUAAUCUCCAAGUACAUAAAAGAACACAUUCUGGGGAAAAACCAUACAAAUGUAAUCAAUGUGAUAAAGCCUUUUCACUACACAGACAUCUCCAAAGGCAUGAAAGGAUACAUAAUGGAGAGAAACCCUACAAAUGUAAUCAAUGUGGUAAAGUCUUUUCACAAAAGAGUAAUCUCCAAGUACAUAAAAGAACACAUUCUGGAGAGAAACCCUACAAAUGCAAUCAAUGUGAUAAAGCCUUUUCAGGACACAGUAAUCUUCAAAUGCAUAAAAGAACACAUUCUGGAGAGAAACCCUACAAAUGUAAUCAAUGUGAUAAAGCCUUUUCACAACACAAUAGUCUCCAAAUACAUAGAAGAACACAUUCUGGAGAGAAACCCUAUGAAUGCAAACAAUGUGGUAAAGCCUUUUCACGAGUCAGUCUUCUCCAAAUACAUGAAAGAACACAUACUGGUGAGAAACCCUACAAAUAUAAUCAAUGUAAUAAAGCCUUUGCAUAUGCCAAUAAUCUCAGAGUACAUGAAAGAACACAUACAGGAGAGAAACCCUACAAAUGUAAUCAAUGUGAUAAAGCCUUUUCACUACGCACUCUUCUCCGAAGGCAUGAAAGAACACACACAGGAGAGAAACCCUACAAAUGUAAUGAAUGUGAUAAAGCCUUUACAUAUGCCUUUAAUCUCAGAGUACAUAAAAGAACACAUACUGGCGAGAAACCAUACAAAUGUUGUCAGUGUGGUAAAGCCUUUUCUCGACACAGUCAUCUCCAAAGACAUAAAAGAACACAUACUAGAGAGAAACCCUACAAAUGCAAUCAAUGUGAUAAAGCCUUUUCACGACCCACUAAUCUCCAAGUGCAUGAAAGAACACAUACUGUAGAGAAACCCUACAAAUGUACUCAAUGUGAUAAAGUCUUCUCACGAUCCACUAAUCUCCAAGAACAUGAAAGAACACAUACUGGAGAGAAACCCUACAAAUGUAAUCAAUGUGGUAAAGUCUUUUCAGGACCCACUAAUCUCCAAAUGCAUAAAGGAACACAUGCUGGAGAGAAACCCUACAAAUGUAAUCAGUGUGAUAAAGCCUUUUCACGAGUCAGUCGUCUCAACAUACAUAAAAGAACACAUACUGGAGAGAAACCAUAUGAAUGUAGUCAAUGUGGUAAAGCUUUUGUAUGUGUGAGUAGUCUCCAAAUACAUAAAAGAACACAUACUGGUGAGAAACCCUACAAAUGUAAUCAGUGUGGCAAAGCCUUUUCACAACACUGUCAUCUCCAAGUGCAUGAAAGAACACAUACUGGAGAGAAACCCUAUAAAUGUAAUCAAUGUGAUAAAGCCUUUUCACGACACAGUUAUCUCCAAGUGCAUAGAAGAACACAUUCUGGAGAGAAACCCUACAAAUGUAAUCAAUGUGAUAAAGUGUUUUCACGACACAGUAAUCUCCAAGUACAUAAAAGAACACAUAAUGGAGAAAAACCCUACAAAUGUAAUCAAUGUGGUAAGGACUUUUCACAAAAAGGUCAUCUCCAGAUACAUGAAAGAACACAUACUGGAGAGAAACCCUACAAAUGUAAUCAAUGUGAUAAAGACUUUUCACGACACGGUCAUCUCAAAAUUCAUGAAAGAACACACACUGGAGAGAAACCCUAUGAAUGUAAUCAAUGUGGUAAAGCCUUUUCAUGUUCCAGUAGUCUCCGAAUACAUGAAAGAACACAUACUGGAGAGAAACCCUACAAAUGUAACCUAUGUGAUAAAGUCUUUUUACUACACAGUCAUCUCCAAAGGCAUGAAAGAAGUCAUACAGGAGAAAAACCCUAUGAAUGUAAUCAAUGUGGUAAAGCCUAUGCCUGUGCCAGUAGUCUCCAAAUACAUAAAAGAACACAUUCUGGGGAGAGACCCCUUAAUUGUAAUCAAUGUGGCAAAGCCUUCGCAUGUCCCGGUAGUCUCCGAAUGCAUAAAAGAACGCAUUCUAAAUAGAAUCCCUAUGAAUGUAAUUAUUGUGGUAAAGUGCUUAUAAGACACAAGACAUCUCUGAAUACAUAGAAGAACACAUACUGGAGAGAAACCCUACAAAUGUCAUCAAUGUGGUAAAGCCUUUGCAUGAAUCAGCAGUCUGAAAUCAUGAGAAAAUACUGCAGAGAAACCCUAUAAAUGUAGUGAGUGUGGUAAAGUUUUGUACUUCGUGGUAGUCUUUAUACAAGAGCAAGACUUUUUUAGAGUAUAAUUGGUCUUUUAAAGUCUUUGCAUUUUACAGUAGUCUUUGAGGGCCUGACAAAAUUAAUACUGAAGCAAAUCUGGCCAUAAAGGGUUUGGUAAAUUCUUUCAUGUGGACAAAAGACCUGUGAAUUUAAAUGAUAAGGUUUCCAUUUUCUAUUCCACAGUUCUGUUCAAUCACAUGCAAUAAGGCAGCCAGGUGUAAAACGUAAUGGAUGUGUAGUAGUUCCUUAUCUAUUGCUGUGUUAAAACAUAAUAUCUAAGUCAACUCAUGAAUGAGUUGGCCCCUGGGUCUAGAAGGGUACAGAAUCACAAUGAAAGUGGCAUGGCAACAAGUGUCAAACAUGGCACUAAAGCAGAAUGCUAAGAACUGCCAUCUUCCACCUAUAACAUGAAAGUGAAACUAAGAACUGGAAAUGAUGUGUGGAUGUAAACUCUCAUGCUCCCCCCCAGGGACUUACUUCUUCCAGCAGGGCACGCAUUACCUAAAUCUUUCUAAAUGAUACCACCAACUGAGCAAGAAUGAUUUCUCUGACUGCAAGCUUGCUAUACUUGCUUUCUGUUACAUAAAUCAGUUCAUGAUGAAGAAAAACUCUGUAAGUAGAAGUAAGCCUUUUCAUGCUUCACCACCUGGGUUACAGGAAUAAAUCCUUAAGAGAAAGAUAUUCUUGAGUGAAAAUCUCAUUGUUAAAAAUUUGUUUUAAUUGUGUGAUCUCAGUGUGUCUUUACUGUGUGCAUGGUGAUUCCCCAAAAAUUUAGACCCUUGGAUCUCCUUUUAGCUGGAAUUACAGAAAGUUAUUAAAAACCUGACCUUCAUCCUGGGAAUGAACUUCUCAUAACUACUUGGCCAUGUCUCUCACCCUGUAGAUAUUUAAAAGCCUUUAUAUUUCAUCUUGAUGUUAGAAGAUAGGAAAUAAUUUAUACAAGAGAAAAACCCUAUUCAGGUAAAUGAUUUGAUAAAGACUUGACAUCACAGUUUUCUUCGAUUUCAAGAAAACAAUCUUGUUUCAUUUCCUUUUCAUCGUAUCCUUGAAGGAAACAGAUAAUAUUUAACAUGUUCACUCAAGACAGAUUAUGGAGAUCACUGCAUUGUUUCUAUUUUUGCAACAUUUGAGUUAGAUACUAAAGUGUGCUCUAAGUGGCCAAUCCAUUUAGUGAAGUUUAUAUUUUUAUCCUUGUAUUCUUUGACUUCUGUUUAUCUUCUGUUGUGCUUUCACUUAGCAAUAGAUAUUUUUGUGCUGCAAUGUAUAAAAUGGGAUGUCCAUCAUCUAAGUGGUCCAUUGUUUAUUUAAAUAUCCGCAAGUUUGUGAUCAUCCUUUUCAAUUAAGAGUUUUUGUGAAAGGGUGGUGAGUUGUUCUGUGUUUCAUAUUUUCAUAAAUUCCCUUGCUGUUGUUUAUUAUCAGCCUGUUUUCAUUGUCAGUAAUUAGUCAGGGAUACAUUUGAACUCAUGAUACUUGUGCCAUUCUGCUGAGUACAAGUCCAACAAUAGAUGAUAUACCCUAAUGUAUGUUGUUCUGUUACCAUGUUUUAACACUGAUGUUAUAAUGUUUAAAAGAAAGUAUAAGAAACAUUAAAUACCUUACAUGUAUCCAAAGCUGUAUUUUCAUCUAUCUGGUAGAAAUAUAAUAAGUAGGAUAAUCACCAAUCAACUGUGUACUUUACAACGUAGUUUCAUGUGCUAUGGAUAUAUAUAUAUAUUAUUUGACAUACCAAGUGUCUUCAUGCCCCCAUUAGUUAUCCAUUUGAGACUUCAUCUAUAACUACUGUGUUCUAACGGAAUUAUCCAGAGAUGCCAAAUAAUGUACUGAAAAAAAUUUUGG